CACGUAUAAAUAGACUGUUAGAUUUAAACAGAGCAUUCAAUCGUUCCUCGUGUUUCAACGGGAAAAUAGAAAAACAAUCAUCAUGUUCAAACUCUUGGUGGUGUUCGGCCUCGUGGCUAUCGUAAACGUCUGCUAUGCCGGCGUGGCUCUCGCACCUGCAAUUGCUAUUGCUCCCGUUAAAACUGCGUGGGCUGCUCCUGCCGCUGGAUGGGGUGGUGCUGGAUGGGGUGGUGCCGGAUGGGGUGGUGCCGGAUGGGGUGGUGCUAAAUGGGCUGGUAACGGCUGGGGUGAUGCUGGAUGGGGUGGUGCUAAAUGGGGCACCGGCUGGGGUGCCGCUCCCCUUGGAUUAGGACUUAAGGGCUAGGCUAAAUCUUUUUUACAUUGAUAAAAAAUCCGCCACUAUCCCACCAACUACACAUCGCAGAAUGUACCUUGUCUUUAAUAUCAGAUACAUACAAAUUUGUUGAUGCAUUUCGCAAUUCUCCCUGAAGUCAAUAUCACAAAAUUCUUUCCUUCUUCUUAAUUCACAAAAUUCUUUCCUUUUUCUAUUAGAACAUUUGUCCUCCGUCCCACGUGGAAUUGUUGAUAAAUUGUUGAUAAGCGCCGCGACAAAAAAAAAAACAUGAAAUAAUAAUAAAAUCUCACAUAAAAAGCU